CAUUCAAUUCGGAACAGAUGUCAAUAUUCUGCUGAGUUUUUGGUUAAAUUCACCGCAAUUAGACUAUUAUUUUGUUGAUUUGAACAUAUUUAACGAAAAAUUCGUCGAAAAAAAAUGCAGUCACUUCUACGUGGGGCCCAAAUCGUAUUUAAGCAUAAAAUUAGAGAUGCCAGAUUUAUAUAUACCCGUACUUUGUACACAAGAGACGAGCUGGGAGUAGUUCAUUUUGAAAAACUUCGUGCAGACGCCUUUAAACAAUUUAAAAAUCUUGAAUCGGCCAUAGAAUACAAGGAAGGAAUUAUAUCCAACUUUGACAACUAUCAACUAGAUCAACAAAGAGACAAUUUGAAACAUUACAUUCUUUUAAUCGACGGCAAAAAAGAUGAAUUGAAUACAUUAAAACGGUUUUUAAUUAAAUACACCGACAACUUUAAUAACAAUACGCACCGAGUAAAACCGUUUGUGUUUGGCACACAAAUUAUGCGAUUAUUUUAUUUCUUAAAUUUGCCUGAUGAAGCGGUCACGUUAUUCCGAGACCCGGAUGUGAAGGAAUGCUUUCAUCAAAUGGAGACGUAUAAGGUGCUAUUGAGUUUGUUGUAUGAAAAUAAGCGAUAUGAGGAAGUUAUUGAUCUGUAUAAACAAAUAAAACUUCGCUUGGAUGCCUUCGAAUUGAAGCCGAGUCAAACGGUUGAUUGCUUGCUGUUUGCAUCUUGUUACUUACAGAAUACCCCCGAACACUACGAAUACACAAGAAAGGUAUGGCAAAGCAUAAAAGAUCUGAAACCAUUAAGGCGAACACAAUUUCUUCUCGCUGGAUUGGCCAUCAAGCAAGAUGAUCCAAACUUUGCUUUGAGUUUAAACGUUUUUUCUUUUUACGUGACGUCAAGAUUUAUUCGGUUUAUCGCCUUCACCAAGCUUGGUCAAUUUGAAAAAGCAUUUAAUAUAUUAAAUCAAUCGAUUGUUUCAUGCAGUCGAGGAACUGACACGCAAAAACCGUGCAUUGGGAAAGAAAUGGUUGAAGAUUUACGAAGAUCGAUAGAAAAGUCGGGGACGGAAGAACAAUUAAAUAAAUUCAAUAGAAUUUAUGAUGACUUGAAAUCAUUUGACUUAUUGAGUGAUGAAACAUUAGAUGAACAUUUAUGUGCUUCUUUCCCGCCAAUGCUGCCAAAAAACCAAUUUAAAAAAAUGCAACGGAAUAUAAUUAAAGACAAUUAAAGAAACAAGAUAUUAUUUACAGUAUAGUCAAUAAAAUAACAACAUUCGGCUUUAACUAUUUUACAAUUUAUUUGUUUAA